AUGGCAGUUGUGUUUUGGUAUGUGGAAAAGAGUAGGAUAGUCAAAGAGAGAUUCAUAAGUCUUACUCAUGUAAGUGAUACAUCUUCAUCAUCUUUGAAAUCUGCAAUUGAUUCUUUGUUUUCUAAGUAUGGAUUAAGCAUUACGAAGGUGAUAGGGCAAGGUUAUGAUGAUGCAAGUAACAUGAAGGGUGAGUUCAAUGGGCUAAGGUCAUUAAUCUCAAAGGAAAGCACAUCAACAUAUUAUGUUCAUUGCUUUGUUCUUCAGCUUCAAUUAGUUGUUGUGGCAGUUGCCAAAAAGCAUUUUGUUGUUGGAGGCUUCUUUGAUAUGAUUUCUCUGCUGUUGAAUGUGGUGGGAACUUCAUGUAAAAGGAAGGAUGCGCUUAGAGAGAGUCACAAAGAAAUGACUGAGAAAGAAGUUAAUGAUGGUGAACACAAAACUGGAAAAGGGUUAAAUCAAGAUGUUUCUGUUCAAAGACCAGGGAUGACUCGUUGGGGCUCUCACUAUAGAACUUUGCUGCGUGUGGUUGAGUGUUUUUCUUAUAUCGUUCAAGUGCUUGAAUGUGUUCAGAAGGAUGGCGCAGAUGACUCAAAAAGACGUCAAACAUAUGGUCUCCUCAGUUAUGUGGAUAACUUUGAUUUUGUGUUCUAUUUGCAAGUGGUGGUUCACUUUUUAGGAGUCACAAAUAUUUUAUCAUUGGCCCUUGAAAACAAAGAUCAAGAUAUUUUGAAUGCAAUGUCCAUAGUAGCAUCAACGAAAAGACAGUUGCAGAAGUUUAGAGAUGAUGGAUGGAAUUCUCUUAUGCUUAAAGUUUCUUCUUUCUCUAAGAAACAUAGUAUUGAAGAGCUUGAUAUGAAGGAAGAUUUCCUUGACACAAGAAGGCGAAGGAAAAAAACAGGAGUCAUAAAUGAACAUCACUAUAAGGUUAAAUGCUUAUAUGCAAUUUUGGAUUUGCAGCUCCAAGAGUUCUACGACCGCUUUAAUGAGGUGAACAUUGAACUACUUAUUUGUGCUGCUUCUUUAUCUCCCAUCGAUUCGUUCUCUCAGUUUGACCAUUCAAAACUGAUGAGAUUAUCGACUUUCUACCCAUCUGACUUUAGUCAAGGAGAAUGCAUGUCUCAAUAUAGACAUCGAAUGUUUUCAUUAUAG